ACACAUCUCGAUUGCCCAAGUGUCCAGCACCCACGGCCCCGGGCCUCUCUCGCUUGUCAGUUUCUGCUUCUGGAAAAGGGUGACUGAGCAUGUUUAGCAUCUCAGUCUUGGUAUUCCUUCCUGCCUCUACAUAUCUGCCGAGACCGACCACUGCUUAGAGCCUCCCCGUCCUGAUUCUGGAACUACUUAGGCGUCCUAGGGUCCCAUUGGUUGGAGCUCUGGCCGCUCAGGCACCCAGUUCGGCCCUCCUCUUGAUAUGGGUCCCCGUCUUGGUUCUCAUCUGCUUUGCCUUGCCCAUGACCCAUCCCCCGUCUCCAUCUAGUCCCUUGGCCUGGCCGCUCGGCUGGCCCAGAGGCUGCCUGUCUACAAGGGCCAUUACACGCUACUGGCUACACUACCGCAUGCCCAUUCCCAUGCUUGGUGUUCUCUGGGCUGGAGUGUUCAAGCUGAUGGCAAGCCAACCACGCUCACCUGCCUCGGCUGGCAGCCCGUUCAAGUUGAAACAUUCUGAAAGUGAUAGAGGCUAACAGACCGACACCGUGCAGGUUCGCAGGCUGUCAGUUACGACGACCGGAUUAAGCAAAAAGUCGGCCCACUCUAGAUACAACAGCUUCCUUGACCCCUGGACUGAGACUUGCCAGAUCUCCCAUCUCAUCUUGACGCAGGCCGUGCCGCUGUGGGUGAACAGGUUACUUCCUGGCCUCGCUCUUUGACGCUAAUACCCACCAUACCCUUGCGUGCUAAUACUAGCACCCAUACCACGAAUCGAGAAGCUCCGUGGAAGAUCUAGGAGCUUUCCGGGCGCGCGGGACAAAACAAGACAGUACCUAGCGGACCAUUCGGCAGCGGACCACUCAGUCUCUCAUCAUGUCAAUAAACUGGGUCAUGUUGACCCGUGAUGGGCAGAUCCAGAAACUACCUGGAGAAAAGAUUCUCCUUACCUCCAAGCCGCGAGUUGGCCUUGAGCUCUCGGUCCCGAAGGAGCUGCAGGUAGCAGAGCCUUUCUCUGUCAAGAGCGACAAUGGCAUUGCAUACAUAACCAAUGAGAGGAUCAUCUACCUUCCAGCCAGGUCGACCGAGGCUUUCCGAUCUUUCUUUGCGCCUCCCUUAAACUUUAGCGAUGUCCGCAUCAACUCGUCCUGGAUCGGACCUUGGAGCUGGACAGCUAUAGUCAGACCUAUUCCAAACGGGGGCGUACCGCCGGAGAUCCCUCGGAUCGAGUGCAAGUUGACCUUCAAGGAUGGCGGACACAGCGACUUCCAAGCAAAGUAUGAGUGGCUGCGAGACCGACUACUCCACGCCCAAAGCCUUGGACUGACCCCCGGGCAAAACCUCGAGCCUCCACCACCCUACGAUGAGGCUCAAGCUUCUCGACCUUCCUCGAGCACACCUGCGUCUGGACCGUCUGGGGACGUGACGAGCGAUCGGAACCAAGUGCCCCAGCCUGGCCCGGAUGAGCCACCUCCGGACUACACGGCAUAAAUGCUCGACAUUCUUGUCAAGAUUAUGUUCAGGAUGUGGCUUGGCCCGGAGACACAAAGUAACCGCCUUCAGCGCUCCCCUGAAUCUGGCAAAUACUCGAAUAUCCGAGUUGAUAUUUUUCUUUUUCUUCAAUGCCGCCGAUCAACAAGGAAAACAUGCACAUCAUACGACUACUAGUGACAGGCGUCUG